GAUGAAAGGGCCGCGGGGGCAGCUGCGCGGGGGGCAGGACCCGACAUGAGGUUGGCAGUAUCUCUUGUGACCCUAAAAAUAUGACUGUUUGCCUACUGCACCAAAACUCCUAAAUAUUUCAUCUGCCAUUUGGACACCUGGCUUCAACUACGAUGCAACAAGCUUUAGAACUGGCAUUGGAUCGUGCAGAGUAUGUCAUUGAAAGUGCCCGUCAGAGACCUCCCAAACGAAAAUAUUUAUCCAGUGGAAGAAAAUCUGUAUUUCAAAAGUUAUAUGACUUGUAUAUAGAAGAAUGUGAAAAAGAGCCUGAGAUAAAGAAGCUGAGGCGAAAUGUGAACUUACUUGAGAAGCUGGUUAUGCAGGAGACGUUGUCAUGUCUGGUAGUAAACCUCUAUCCAGGGAAUGAGGGUUAUUCGCUGAUGCUCAGGGGGAAAAAUGGAUCAGAUUCUGAGACCAUUCGAAUGUCUUAUGAGGAAGGUGAACUCCUUGAAUAUUUGGAUGCAGAGGAGCUGCCACCUAUUUUGGUUGAUCUUUUAGAAAAAUCUCAGGUUAAUAUUUUUCAUUGUGGGUGUGUCAUAGCAGAAAUACGUGACUACAGGCAGUCUGGUAAUAUGAAAUCUCCAACAUACCAAAGCAAACAUGUUCUUCUGCGUCCAACAAUGCAGACUUUAAUUUGUGAUGUGCAUUCUAUAACAAGUGACAACCACAAAUGGACACAGGAAGACAAACUUCUACUUGAGAGCCAACUUAUCUUGGCUACAGCAGAGCCUUUGUGUCUUGAUCCUUCGAUAGCAGUAACCUGCACAGCAAACAGACUCCUCUAUAACAAGCAGAAGAUGAACACUCGCCCAAUGAAACGGUGUUUCAAGAGAUAUUCCAGGUCAUCUCUGAAUCGGCAGCAGGAUGUGGCACAUUAUCCAACUCCACCUCAGCUCAGACUACUUGACUACUUACAGAAAAGAAAGGAAAGGAAAGGAGCCCAGCAGUAUGACCUCAAAAUUUCUAAAGCUGGAAAUUGUGUAGAUAUGUGGAAACAGAACCCUUGCUACUUGACUGCACCUUCUGAAGUUGAUGUGGAAAAAUAUGCCAAAGUGGAAAAGUCUGUCAAACCCGAUGACUCUCAACCUACUGUCUGGCCAGCACAUGAGAUAAGAGAUGAUUAUGUGUUUGAAUGUGAAGUUGGUAAUCAACUUCAGAAAACAAAACUGACCAUUUUUCAGUCCCUUGGUAAUCCGCUGUACUAUGGUAAAAUACAGACGUUCAAAGGCAGUGAGGAGAAUGACAGCCCAGUAACUCCAUCACAGUUCCUUAUUGGUUCCAAGACUGAUGCUGAAAGGGUAGUGAACCAAUACCAGGAACUAGUUCAAAGUGAAGCUAAAUGUCCAGUGAAGAUGGUUCAUAAUUCAGGUGGAUCAGUCAACCUAAGUCAUCUUUCUCCAGGGAAGGAAAUGGAACAGCCAGAGAGUCUAUCAGGGUCCGUGCAGUCUUCAGUAUUGGGGAAAGGUGUAAAACAUCGACCUCCUCCCAUCAAACUACCUUCAAGUUCAGGAAGUAGUUCUUCAGGUAAUAUUUUUAGUCCACAGCAGUCAAGUGGCCACCUAAAAUCCCCAACUCCUCCUCCUCCUUCUAAGCCUCCCAGUCUUUCUCGGAAACAAUCUAUGGAUCUUAGUCAAGUUAGCAUGCUUUCUCCAGCUGCCAUGUCUCCUGCGAGCUCUUCACAAAGAACCACCUCCACCCAGGUCAUGGCAAACCCUGCAGGACUUAACUUCAUCAAUGUAGUGGGCUCUGUGUGUGGAGCACAGACAUUGAUGAGUGGCUCAAACCCCAUGCUGGGGUGUAAUACUGGUGCCAUAACCCCUGCAGGUAUAAAUCUGAGUGGCAUUUUACCAUCAGGAGGUCUGGUGCCAAGUGCACUGCCAGCUGCAAUGCAGUCUGCCUCUCAAGCAGGCAGCCCUUUUGGUUUAAAAAAUGCUUCAGGUCUUCGGCCCUUAAAUCUACUACAGCUUCCUGGUGGUUCACUUAUUUUCAACCCACUUCAGCAGCAACAGCAGCAGCAGCAGCUCUCUCAGUUCUCUCCACAGCAGCAGUCCCAGCAGCCUACAACCUCUAGUCCGCAACAACAGGGAGAACAGAGUGCUGAGCAAUGUCCAGCCAAUCAAGACCAAGCCUUAUCUGCCCAGCAAGCCGCUGUUAUCAACCUGACUGGAGUAGGGAGCUUUAUGCAACCUCAAGCAGCAGUGUUGUCUCAGCUUGGCUCUGCCGUGAACAGACGUGGGCAAAGCCUUCCUCAGCAGAGACUCCAGCUCUCCUCUGCCUUACAGCAGCAACAACAACAAGCCUUGCAGCAGCAGCAGCAACAGAUACAACAGUUGCGAUUCUUGCAGCAUCAAAUGGCUAUGGCAGCAGCAGCAGCACAAGCAGCUCAGCUACGACACCAGCAACAUUCAGGCAGCCAGUCCAAAAGUAAAAGGAAAAGAGGCACACCGACCCCUCCAAAGUCCUGAGUCUUGGGGGGGGGUUAUAUUUAAAAAAAAAUAGACGCAGAGGUGAUUUUUAAACCUUUUUUUUUUUUUUUUUAAAGAAAGCUCAAAAAAAAAUCAGUGUUUGAAAUGGCUGAUGGGAAAAGGAAUUUUUGAAGUAAUGCUGAUAUGUAUAAACUGUAUCGGGAAGCCAACUCUAUGGAAAAUAGGAAUUUCAUCUAACAAAAAGCUAGGGUUUGUUUUUUGCAAGUCACUUCAUAUUUUUAACAAGAUGUUUUACCUUGUAUUUUUUACCAUUCAGCAGCACUGUACAUAGUAUAAG